GGCCCAACUACGAUCAUUUAUUUUAGGUUAUAUUUUCAUUUUACCUAAGACGCUCGCAAGUUAACACCACCCUCAUCAUAUUCGCCUACGAUUUUAAGUAAGCGCUUGACUGGAAAAGGCUAUUGAAUUGUUCGUUUUUCAUCUGACGCAAGACCUAAAGUUCGUGAUGGGUCUCUGCCUAGAUUCUGAUUUAAGCUGCGGUUUAAGGCACAUAAAGAGAGGUAUUUCAAGUAUCCUGUUGUCUGUCAUGGCGAUUCGCAAAGAAACCUCGGUGGACCUCAACUUGGAUGUCCUAACUCUCUCGUUAAAUUAUAACUCUUACUGCUUCGAUUGACGGUUUAAAUAGAGGUUUAUUUUGCUGUUUUUGCUUUGGGGGCGAAUAGAAAAUGUUGCUUCAGCUACGUCAGAUGACACGUACCCCUAUUUGGCGACAGCCCAGGCACUUGGCACUUAUAUUCUUCGUUUUCAUCCUAGUAGCUUUCGCUCUUACACAUAAUAGUUACCGAAAGCUCACUCCACAUCAUCGAGUUAAGCCAGCCACAGUUGAAAAUACUUCCCUUAUCCCACGGAACAUCUGGCAGAUAUUUCUACCGCCCAUAAUUCCGGAGGCGGUAUAUGACAUCGACCCCGAAGCUCUUGUCGAUACACCAUCGUGGCUGGCGAAAAAUCCCGACUACACUUAUAUACUAGUUGGGUCUGAAGGUGGGGAUCAAUUCGUCAACGAAUACUUCGCACACGACCAAAAUAUCCUUCAGACAUACAAUAGAAUCAGAAAUCCUGGCUUGAAAUCGGACCUUCUACGGUAUCUUAUCUUGUCUGUUAAAGGAGGCACAUAUACCGACAUUGACACCUUGGCGAUAAAGCCAAUCGACGAAUGGGUGCCAAAACACAUACGACAUCUUGUCCGGCUGAUUGUUGGCCUAGAGUUCGACAGGCUCGACGGUUUACAAUGGGCUGAUAUUCCCCAUGACUUACAAUUCUGUCAAUGGACCAUUGCCGCGGCACCUGGUCAUCCCGUUUUCACCAGUAUGGCUAACUGGGCCGUCAACUCGAUAAACAAGUUGGUCAAGACGUAUAAUGGUACAUUGGAAACGCUAAAGCCGAGCAGUUUCGAGGUUAUGACUUCGACGGGACCGGCGGCUUGGACUGAUGUCGUAUUUCAACACCUUCAGCAAGCGGAACCUGAGCUCACGGCUUUGACGAACUUAUCCGGGAUGACUGAGCCAAGGCUCUAUGGCGAUAUUUUGGUGAUGCCGAUAGAUGCGUUCGGAAUGGGCCAGGAUCACUCGCACAGUACUAAUGACGGAUCGAUUCCAGACGCGGCAUUGCUGAAACACAAUUUCCGUGGCUCGUGGAGAGACCAUUGAGGUUGAGAGACAGGUGACAUUCAUAUAUCCGAUCCAGCGUUAGGAUCCCCGAUGAAGAGAUAUACGGGAGGAUUAAGCCAUAAUAUCGGGUAUUCGCUAGGUCGACCGACGUCGAGAGCCACGGGAACUAGAGACCUUUCACGCGGAAACGUUACCGGCAACCGCGGAGACGACAUCCCCAAACAGGCGUCGAGCUUCUGUCGUAGGGCUCGAUGUUCGGUAUGGCUUGGAACACUAUACGGGUGUUCGGGGCCGAAGGAGACAACCUACAGCCAUACAAAGAGUCCCGUAUUUCAAGUCGCCGAAUUAGUUGAUAUAGCGCCCUGCGAAUUCUUGUGCGCU